AUGAUGCUGACAAUUUGUACGGCAUAAAUCAAUGUAUUCUAUAUAUUGAGUGUCUAAUUUCUCAUCCAUCCUGUUUUGCUUAAUUAUUCAGCUUAUGGAGUUGCUAUUCAUCAUCACUUCACUAGUGUUAUUCCUUUCUUUCAUCCUUCUUUUAAGGAAGCAAUCAAAAAUCUUCAACAAAAAAUUGCCUCCAGGGCCAUGGAAGUUACCUUUUAUUGGAAACUUGCACCAGUUAAUGAAUGGCCGCCUUCCACAUCAUACUUUCAGAGAUUUAUCGCGAAAAUAUGGGCCCAUUUUUCAUUUACGUCUUGGAGAAGUAUCACACGUUGUUGUAUCUUCACCUGAUACAGCAAAAGAAAUCAUGAAAAUUCAAGACCUUCAUUUUGCUACUAGGCCUCAAUUAUUGUUCGGUGAAAUUAUUAUGUAUAAUCACUCGGAUAUUGGAACAUGUCCAUAUGGUGAUUACUGGAGAAACAUGCGCAAAGUGUGCACCCUGGAACUUCUUAGCACAAAGAUGGUCAGAUCAUUUGAUUCAAUUCGACAAGCAGAGAUGUCAAGUCUUAUUUCAUCGAUUAAUUCCAUGCCUGAUUCAUUAAUCAACUUGACAGAUAAGAUAUUUUGGUUUACAGGUCCUGUAACUUGUAGAUCUGCUUUUGGAAAAAUAAUUCAUGGUCAAGAUAAGUUGAUAAUGUUGUUGAAGGAUAUCACUUUAUUAGCUGGUGGAUUUGACUUGACUGAUGUAUUUCCUUCCCGAAAAUGGCUUCAUGGAAUUUGUGGAUUGAAGUCGAAAAUAUUGAAGGUUCACAACGAAAUGGAUGCAAUAUUGGAAAAUAUCAUUAAUGAACAUUGUAGAAAUCGAGCAAAUGGUAAGAAGGGUAAUAGUGAAUCUGAAGGUGAAGAUUUAAUCGAUGUUCUACUGCGAGUCAUGGAGAGUGGCGAAUUGGGAACUCCCAUCACAAAUAAUAACAUCAAAGCAGUUAUUUUUGACAUGUUCUUAGCAGGAGCUGAAACAUCAUCUACAACAAUUAUUUGGGCAUUUGCAGAAAUGAUAAGAAAUCCAAGUAUCAUGGCUAAAGCACAACUUGAAGUUAGAGAAGUCCUUAAGGGGAAGAAAGUAUUUGAGGAUAUUGAUUUAGAAGAAUUGAAAUAUCUAAAAUUAGUGAUUAAAGAAACAUUAAGGUUGCAUCCACCUCUUCCUUUGUUACUCCCAAGGGAAUGUAGAGAAGAAACAAGGAUUGGCGAAUACACAAUACCUAUCAAAACCAGAGUCCUAGUGAAUGCAUGGGCAAUCGGAAGAGAUCCUAAAUAUUGGCAUAAUUCAGAAAGCUUUAUUCCUGAGAGAUUUGAUAAUAGUUCUAUUGAUUUUCGAGGAAAUCAUUUUGAAUUCAUUCCCUUUGGUGCGGGAAGAAGAAUGUGUCCAGGGUGGUUAUUCUGCUUAAUGAACGUAGAACAUUCUUUAGCUCAAUUGCUUUAUCACUUCGAUUGGAAGAGUCCUUACGAAGGCCCUCUAGAGAAUUUUGAUAUGACGGUAACAAAUGGAGCAACUGCAAGAAGAAAGGAUGAUCUUUGUUCAAUUGCUACUCCUUUUGAUCUCUCUUAAUAGUAGAAAUAAACUUUAGAACUUUGUUCCUUUAUUUCAAAUAAUUGUGCAUUUCUCUGGUUGCAACUUGUUUAGAAAUUCAAGAGAAUGCUGUUGUUGCAGUUUACUUUCUUAUAGAUACUUUGUUCCUUCUUUCCAGAUCUACUAUAAUAGACCAACAUUACCCAUGGUAUG